AUGCAGCUCAUAAAAACUUGAAUUUGAUCAUUUAUCAUAUACACUGAGUCAUACAAUGUUACAGCAUAUAUUGGACAAAUACUCCGGCUUACAUUUUUCUUUAUGUUAGAUGCUGUUUGGCAGAGCAGGAUGGCAAAUCUCAAUAAAGGAAAAGGACUCUGUGUAUUAACAUAUACACAUUAUAGUCAAGGUCUUCAUGAUCGGUUGAUGUCUGAGUUUGAUGAGACCUGUGUCUACACAACAGCUGAGUGUUAUAGCCUCAUUGACUCAUGGUUACCUCAGAUGCUGGGUUUAACAUAACAAGGCAAUGUGUAAAUAUACAUUCUGGAGUAAAAACAUUGAACCAUCGACAGUGUCAGUGAAAUAUAUAGACUUAUAGACUAUAAUCCACAUGAAUUUGAUAUGUGUUCAUUUAGAAUUUAUGAGUUUGUGUUUCACAAUGUAAAUCCCACACUAGGCAACUUGUCCAUGCAAGUAAAACGAUUUGCCAAUCUCCACUUCAUAGGUGCAUUCAGGUGUAACAGAGGCACACCUUGGCACAGAGUGGGUGGACCCCCUAAUUUUCACAUACAUGAACUAGCAAGUUUGAUAUGUGUUGUUUUAGGUUGGGUUCCUGGAUUUGGAGAUUCUCAAACAUGUACCUGUACGUUGAGGCGUUUUUUAAAUGAGAGCUUACAAAAGCUAAAAUUAGAUAUCAAAUUGUAAGGAAAUAAUUUCUAUAAAGUUUCAUUUUUUGCUAUGAGGCUCGAUUGAGGACACAAAUGCAUACAAAUGGACACAAAGCAUACUUUAAAAAUAUGUAUAAAUGCAAAUAAGAAAUAAAUCAUACGGUACCGUAUACUAUAUAUACAUAUGAUAUGAAUACAA